AUGGGCAUUCAAGUCUUUGACAUCCCAGCAUUUACACUGGGAAUGCCCUCAGCUACCAUGUACGACCGCACCCAUUGGAAAAGUCGAGAUUUCCUGCCAUUUGGAUUAUCCAUCCUCGCUCAACACCGCGCCGUCGAUUUCCUAGGGACUGGACCUACGGCCAUUGUAGAUGCGAGGGGUCUCGAUGCCCGCUCCUUCAACCCAGAUCGAUGGUUGAAGCCAAAUGCUAAAAGCCUCGAGCAAUAUCAAGUCGCGUUUUCCAAAGGAGCCAGGAUUAUUGUUCCUGCUAAGAUCACAUGUGUGUUGACCCUUCUGUUCCGGAAAUAUGCGGUCACUCUUGCUUGUGACUUCCGUCCUCCGAGAAAAUUCAACGCAAUGAAUUCAUCGAAUUCUAUUUUGUAUGGAUUCGGCCGCUUCACCAGCAGCACUUUGCGUCACAGGAACUCACUUGAGGACAGAGGCGACAAGCUGGAGAACGACGACAUCAUCAGGAGCUUGGCGGAUAUGAUUGUCGAGGAACUGACGAUCGCGACCGGCAGCGAAGAUCUCAAGGGAGGCUUUCCGCAGUUACAACAUGUUUACAUCUUUGGCCUGAGGAUAGACUGUACUGAAGACUGUCCAUCUGCGCUCUGUCUCGCAUAUUUGUGCUUGAGUAUUUGGGAAAGCAGUGAAGUGUCUAGCAUGUCUAUGACUGUGUUAUAUGCUGCUCUUGCAGUUGCGUGUCUCGUCGUCGGUGCCCAGUCAGCCCAGCAAUGCUUUCCCAGACCAUUAAGUCACAAGAAAAAGGAAGGCACAGCGUCACUUGAUGACAUGACAGCAUUCUUUGGCUUGUGGGAAGAAAUGAUUGUCAACUGGUACCUCCAGGUUUACCAGAAUCAUCACCCACUUGCUCAUUAA